AUGGACACUAUCUCCCCCGCCCCCAGCAGGAGCGGCAGCGACACAGAGAGCAUAACCAGCAUCCCACCGCGCCAGAAUAACCCCAAACACUCAAAAGAACAAUCAGUGUUUCCCCUCGCGCACCCACCCCCAAAACCAACCCAACGCCUCCGCCUCACCCCCAAACUCCUCCUCCAAAUCCAACACCUCUCCCCGAAAUCUAAUCGGCCUCUCCCCGUCCUCGAAGUCUGGCAACCUUCGCGCUUUGCGGCCCGGCCGUGCGCGACUUUUCCCAAGCUCCAUGCGGGGGAUAUGUAUAUUACCCAGAGCGAGGCAUACGCCUCGUUAUCUGGCGAGAACCACAAUCACAAUCCAGGCUCAGAGGCAGAGGCGGAUGCCAGCCAUGAAGCAGUCGUCGGGGUGAUCUACCACCCACCCGCACAGAAAACAAAAGCGAAAAAGGAGGGGCCGGAGCCAGCGCAGGCGGAGGUGGAGGUGCAUUUCCCGCUGACAGGGCGCACGUGGUCCGCGAGUGUGACGGCCGGGGGCGGGUAUCGGUUUCAGGGACGGGAUGAGGCCGGAGUGUACGUGUUGGAGUGGAAGAGGCGGGGGGAGAAAGAAAGGAGUAGGUCGUUUUCUUCGUCGUCGACGGAUCGGGCGCCGGGGCCCGGAGCGGACAGCAGAUUCGUGCUGGGGAUUGUGGACAUGAGGACGCGGCGGGGGGCGCGGGUGGCAUCGCUUACGAAAAAGGGGUUUGAGGUUGGAUGUUGGGAGCGGCUGCCGCUUGAGGGGCUUCAGGAGUGUGUGGGCUCGUCUACGGAUGAGUCUGAACUGUCAGAGGGGCAGUUCAGGACGGCUGUUAAUACUAUGGUUCUGUCGACGGGGGUUUGGGUUGCGGCGCAGGAGGGGUGGCUGGGUUGA